AUGGAGCUUGACGUCAAAGAACCCCGUCAAUUCAGAGGUGCAUCGCCGAACCCCUUGAUCGAUGACCUCCGAGCUCAGGACUUGCCUCGAGGCGUCCUCAUCCCCUUGAAGACCACUCAAGAAGUCCGCCAAGAUCACACGAUUGUGCAGGCGUACAUCACCAGAGCCCCUACGAAAUCCGCCAACGAUGUCAUCACUCUCCUGCGCGACAUGUGUCCCGACGGUAACGCUAAUACCUUACCGCACCUACGCAGAUGCGCGAAGCCAUCGGAUCUCCCUGCGCAUCUCAAAACGCAGUUGAUGAACGACACCCCAACGGGGCGGCAGAUUCAUACUGCGAAAUCAACCUGGAUCUAUAUCAUUGUGGGAGAAGCCAAAGACUUUUCCAAAGACGAACUGGUCGAGCUGCUGUCCAGCGUGGAAGGAAUCGAAAAAGAACCCUUCAUUAGUAUGAUUCCUGUCCCUCUGUUGGCUCCAACAUCCCAGGUCCAGGCCGCCAUGUGGUCUUCGCAGUUUUGGCCUACGGUUUAUCGCAAGAACAACCCUCUGGGGCCGCACCCAGGCAUGGUGGCGCGCGGCACCGACGAUAUCAAGUAUGACACGGCCAUCUGGAUGGCGCUGGCCCAUCGCGUCGCCCUUCAAGCCAAGGAAGCAGGCAUCGGCGAGGCCAUGGGAGCCGUCAUUGUCCAGCGAGGAGAGACCGGCACGGAGCUCGUUGGGCUCGCUGGAGAUGCCCGAUACCAUCACGAAGACGGCAUGAGCUUCGCCAAUAACCCUAUGUCGCACUGCGUCCUGCGUGCUAUCAGUAUGGUGGCUCAGAAGCUUGUCCGCUAUGAGCGAUCGGCUACCGAACAGCCAAUGGAACACGCCAACCUGGCGUACGACGCCUUCCAGGACGCACCCUUGAUUGAGCUGGAAAGGGAGUGUUUCAAGCAAGAGCACCCAAACAAAGACGGAUACCUCUGCCACGGACUGGAGCUCUAUACUACUCAUGAGCCAUGUGUGGCGUGCUCCAUGGGCGUGCUCCACUCGCGCAUGGGAAAAGCAAUAUUCUGCAAGCAUAUGCCUCGAUCAGGCGGCCUGAGCUCAGAUGAUCGUCCUAAUGGAGGUGGACGAGGAUUGGGUCUUUUCUGGCGACGAGAGCUCAACUGGAGCCUGCUGGCAUGGGAGUGGGAGAGUGACGGCUUACCUGACCUCCCCCCUGUUGAUCCAACCACUCACGUUUAGGAUUACCACCUCCGAGGACGAUAUGAGACUUGUUGCUGCCAAUCUUGGCUAGAGCAGUGCUGGAUGAUGUAUCUGUCCGAGCAGAUGAGCGCCCGAGCCGCGUGGCAUGGUUUCGACUCGAGUAUAACGCGUUUUAGCUGCGACAGAUUGCGGCUGUUUGUACGAGUAUUGUGUCAGAGAAUAUGUAUAUUGCUACGAUGCUGCCGACGACGUCGACCAAGAGGAGAGCUGCAGGACAAGGGAGAGGGGUUAGAUAAUCCUCUGUGCGCUGGAGGGACUUGGUACGAAUUACGAGGCAUCGGAUUACUAGUUUGUGGAAAACCUGUGGCUUUUGGCAGGGCAUGGCACGGCGAACGGAUUAUUGUUUU